AUGUCCUCCUUGCCGGAGACGGUUUGGGAUCCCGUACACUACGACCCUCCUCCGGAAGACGGCAACCUCGCCUGCUUGUGCUCUUCUCGCGAAGUCUCCGACGAUUCUGGCCGCCCGUUGGACCCUCUGAAGGUCGGGGACAUCCGCGGUAUCAGAGCGCAUCUUCUAUAUCCCUUGAAAUGCGUCGUAGAGGAGAAGUAUCGCGACGAGAUCACGAAACUGCGGGGCAGGUCAGCCAAGCGCUCGAGUGCGCCUGCGUCUCGUGCUUCAUCUCGUGGUCGCCCCAAGAGCGCACGCUCUGCGACCUCUCAACAAAGUGGCUUCAAGAAGCACCGCCCUUGCGUCAUAUGGGACGUGACGCACCGUAAGGAGGGCGACGUGGAUGUCUUCCUGAUGGGCACCUUCGACGGCUCAUCUUUUGAUCACCUGCCCGAGGCCGUCAAGAAUUAUGUGGUGGGCGUAUAUGUUGGAGAACACGUCGAGGACUAUAGCGAACUGUAUCACAUCCACACCAGUCCUCCAUGGGGCGCACCCUCGUCCUCAUGGCUCAUUCCUCUUCGAGUCACUGUUGCUGUAGACCGCUUGGUCGUCUACAACAAUGACUGGAUGGACCAGACAACUAUCGGAGACGAAAGCUGUCCGUAUAUCAACGCUGAAUCGAUGAAGGUGCUUGGUACAUAUCACUCGGACACUGUAGAGUACCUGGACAAGGUUAUGACCGAUCCAGAGAAGCUGGACCGCGAGGCCUAUAUCCUGUGGGAAGGCACUUGGAUAAAGCGCUUGUUCACGAAGGAAGGCGCAGAGUACUCUGCCGAGCUUCCAGCGCAGCGCACAAAAUGGGCUUACAUCGGUGUGCCGUCUCGGUGGAGCGACCACCAGAGUGGCAGCCGUGGAUCGUCGUCUCGAUCCAGCAGCGCCUUUGAGCGCCGUAGGCGCUCGGGCGGAUCCUCCACAUCCGAGUGGCAGUCCAUUGACGAAGAGCACGUGGACGCCUACGCCGAACAAGUAGAGCUCCAACUGGCCGAGCAGUUUGAGUCCCUGGACACGGAGGCUCAGCCAGCGGAAGAGGCCCCGGCUGGAGAUGGAUGGACGAAGGUGGAGAGGAAGUCCAAGAAGUCUGGCAAGUGGCAGAAAGGCUGGAAGAAGCUUACGCGCCGGGCCGAGGCUGGGCUUCGUAAGGCUGCCAGGAAGUUAUCUCCCAAUCGCGACAAUCGUCCGCUUCCUGGAAGGCGAGACGGAUCGCAGAGCUAUAACUCGGAAACUCGUCCAUGA